AAAAAACUUAACCAAGCUCAAUACACUUUCUAAGUCAAAAAAGGGCCAUAAUUCUGUCAAAAACCUUGACAGAGUUAUGUACUCUUGUCUGUAGAUGGAGGUUAUGAUGGUGAACAAGUAUGGUAAGUUUCAAAGCCAUACUUGUAAUACUUCUGAAAUAAAGUGGGGUGGUACGAAAAACUUAACCAAGGUGUGACGCCAACGCCGACGCCGACGCCGGGGCGAGUAGGAUAGCUCCCCUUUUCAUAGAAAAGUCGAGCUAAAAAGGUCCAAAAAAUUGCUAUGAAAGUUUAAAUGAAUGUCAGAAAAGGUGUUAAAUUUCAGGCUAAUAUUCCAGUUUAGAAGUAAAGUGAAGAAGCAACAUUGAAAGUAUGAUAAUGAUAGAAAUGUACCUAACUGUGGUCUGUCAAAGUUGUGUAAUCGACCUUUGACAGAUUCUAAUUUUACUUGUAAGAAAGGGCGAAUCUUUUGUGUCUUAAAACUGCUAGGAAACCAGUAUGUUUUCAAUAGGUACAAUAAAAGUACUAAAAGAUUUUUACUGGACUAAUUUUUAAAAUCUGAAUUUAGAGAGGUGAUUCUGUACUCAUUCCUUUAUUCAUAUAAGUCUCCCUUUGAUAAUGACGUCUAAUUAAAACUUUCAUUGGACAACCCCUCACAUAAAUCCUAGUAUCAAAAAUGGCAAAAAAUGGUUUAUUCUGCACCAGUUCAUUUUUGAAGUACGUAAUUUUUUGCAUAAAGAGGCCAUUCAUAUAACUUUUUCUAUCAUUUGAUUAUUCAAGGUUAGAUAUUUUCUUUCCAGUUUUAUUGAUUUAAAUAGCAUAUUUUUUAACCUUUUUUAACCAGCCCUAUGUAAAUAAUCUAUAAAUCUUAAUGUUUAAAAAUGUAGUAUUGAAUGUGAACUUUAGUUGAUAUUUCACCAAUUAAGUUCAUCUUUGUGCAAAGAGGUAUAAGGACACCAUUGAGAAUGUUAAAUAAAAGUUGAUCAAAUCAUUUCAGCAUUAUAUAAUAAUAAGAGAGGAUAAAUGUAAAUGAAAAGUGUAUAAAAACUGUGAUUGUUACUGAAGUACGAUGUACAAGAUACUUAAGGCUUUACAGUUAUCAUAAUUAUAAACUAUAUCAAUGUUCAAAAUUUAAAAUAUCUCUGAAAGAAAUAGGGCCAAUUUCUAUCGAUUAUACAAUGUGAAUAGAUCAACUAACAGACCUGUAGUUGGAAAAAAAACAACGAAAUGGCUACAGGAGGACAAAGUUAUACAGAUAUGUUUUCGGAUGAAAUAUUUGAUGUUUUAUGUUCAAUGUGUAAAAAUAAAGGAAAAAAUACGGAAGCCGAAAAAUUCUGUGUAUAUUGUCAUGAUUACUUUUGUAGAACUUGUGUUCAAGUUCAUAACGAAGUACCUGCAUUAGUUGGUCACAAGGUGCUGAAUAAAUCUCAAGUUAAUACAGUAACCAGCAAAUGUCUGCCAAGAGCACCAACGGAGAGAUGUGACAGACACAGUCAUAAACACAUUGAUAUGUACUGUCAGAACCACGAUAAUGUUGGCUGUUCUACAUGUAUGGCAGUUGAUCACAGAUUAUGCAAGGAUACAUUUUACAUACCAGAAUUUAUCCAAAAUAACACUUAUCAAGUUGCACCAAGAGAAAUUCACACAAAACUCAAGGAAAUAGCCAAGACCUUUGCAAAACAAGCUGAUAUAAUUAAACAGGAUAAACAAAGGCUGUUAAAGAGGAAAGCAGAAAUACUGGCUGAUAUUAGAAAAUUCCGUCAAGAAAUCAAUGACCAACUUGACAAGUUGGAGAAAAGUUCUAUAGAUGAGAUAGAAGAUAAAGUAAAAAGUAUUGAAGACAAGAUAGAAGAUAGUCUCAAACAGCUACAAGCAAACAAGUCCAGAGUUAAAUCAGCUUGCGAUAAAUUAGCAACUACAAACACAAAUCAAUGUGAAAAGUUUGUUAAUGUUAAGAUGGGAGAGGAUGCUGCAAAUGUUGCCAACAAAUAUAUGGAGCAUGUCAAAAUGAAAAGUAAAGUAGAUGCAAUAGAGUUUCAACCUGAUAGAACAAUUCUUACACAGCUACAACAAAAGAAAUCCCUGGGCAUACCAUCACAGACACCUACAAAGACUUCUGGCAAUUCAUUUCAAAUAAAAGGAAAACAAUCAUAUAACAUAAAAGUAAAGUCAGAUCAACACGGUUGUUAUAUUGGGAAUGCCUGCUAUAUGGAAGAUGGUACACAAAUUCUAGCUGAUCACAAUAACAACAAACUUAAACGGUUACACAGUUAUAACUUUACUGUCACAGACUACUGUGAUCUACCUGGAGGACCAUGGCAAAUGUGUGUGAUCAAUAACACACAAGUGGCAGUAACUGUGCCAUCAAAAAAGGAAGUUCAUCUCAUUUCUCUAGAAAGACAAAUGAAAACAACAAACAAGAUUAACACUGAUUUUAAAUGUUAUGGUCUUGCAUAUGCAAACAAUAAUUUAUAUAUUUCAGACCAUGACACAUCAGUAUAUAUGUAUACAUUGUCAGGUAGGAAGCUUAAUCAGUUCAGUAAGAAACAAUCAGGACAUAAGCUGUUCUCUAACAUACACAGUCUAGCUGUCAGUAAGGAUGCUACAAGGAUUUAUGUUGCUGACUACAAUACUGGACUGAUAGUACUGGACAAAAAUGGUCAUUUAAUUACAUCAUUUAAUGAUGAACAAUUAAACAGGGCUACAUGUUGUUAUCUCAUUGAAGCAGGUAGUGUGCUUGUAUCUGGAUUUGACUCUAACAAUGUUUUACAGUUUACAUCUGACGGCGAGCUGAUAGGAGAGGUUAUAAAAGCUGAUAGCGGAAAAGGGCAAAUUAGAUCAGUUUGUUGUAAUCAACAAAUGACUAAGAUGUGUAUAAGCAGAUUGGCAGAUGAUAACAUUGAAAUGUAUGCUAUUUAAUCAGCAUACCAAACGAUUACAAUACAAAAAGAAAAAUAAACAUGUCUGUAAAUCCAUGCCUUUGCUCAAAUAAUAUACAAAGUGUUAUUCAUACUUUUCUAUUAUAGGUUUUAUACUUCCCAUUUUAGAAUGCAUCUGCUUCAAUUGUUAUUUGUGAUAUUAAAAGAAUGAUAAAAAUCAAUACUGUUUUUUUUUAACAAUAUGAAUAAAGUCAUAUUAUGCAAGUAUUUGGUGAACCUAAUAUUGUUGCAUUCAACAAGUUCAAUAAAUUUGGUAAUAAACACAAAAGAUACAUUUUUAUUCAUUACACAACCAAAAUAAGAAUGAUAUACAGUAAAAAAGAGUCAUUCUUUUCAUUGAUGCAUAUAUAGUGCAAUG